AUGCGAGGGAACGACCCCCCGGGCGCGGGGGCGGCCGAGGCUCCCCCGGUGGCCGGUGAGUCUGAGGGGAAACACAAAAGGGGGCGGGGAAGAGAAGCGUUCAGGUCCCUCGCCCGGCCGGAGGGUCUGCCCGCCGGCCCGCCUCGGAGCCCCCCGCCCCCCGCGGAGCGCUCUGCCCAGUCCCCGCCGGCAAGUGGCUGCCCAGUCCCCACCCUGCAAAGUUUCUCGGACGCACCUACACAGCGGGCCUGGACGAUCGCCUCCCCUCGAGGGGAGGAGAAAAGGGCCUGUCCCCACCCCCGGCCCGCCCGCCCCAUCCCCACCGGGGUCUGCGCCCGCGGCGGUCGGGGGACCAGGGCCAGACCCCUCCACCUGUCGGCCCGUCGGACCUCCUGCCCCUCGCUCCGGCCACCGUGGGCCAAGGUCCCCACCACCACCACCUUCGUUCCUGGGCGAGGCGCGAAGCCCCUAGGCGGCUCGCUGAGGAGGCGGGACGCGGACACACAGCAGCUGUCCGGCCGCCUCGAGGGUCGAGCUCGGGCGGCCCAAGCAGCCCCUUACCUGAGAAGAGUUUUGGUGGGGGGCGAGGCGUGGGGUCUGGGAGGAGGCGUCCAGAGAGAGAAUUUAAGAUACCAAGAUACCAAAACUGCGUUGAAGCUGAUCUAAUGUGACCUGGGGCGAAACUUGACAAUUCAUUAUCAUGUUCCAAAUAGUGAAAAAAUGUGUCUUUGUCAAGGAAAGCUUCGUGCAGACAGAGUGUUUGGUUCUCUGGGCGAGGUAACAUACCUGGUUGAGCGACUUUGCUGAAGGUGCUCCACGCGUCGUCAUGACUCAUUGCCCUCAGCAUCAACAGGAAUUGAUUCGUGCCAGCAAUUCUCAAAGGCGUCUUGUUUACUGCUGUGAAAGUCAUCAACUCUAUCGCAGCCUGAUCCUGACCUCAGCCUUUUCGAGAAAUUUUGACUAGAAAAGAGAUCAGAGUAGGAAGUUCUUCUCUAUUACACUUAGUCCACUAACUUUACAAAGAAUACAUCGUCAAGUAUGUGAUUGAACUUCAUGCUUAAGUUGUAUGUGUGCUCUAAGGAGAGAGACGCAGAGAGAGAGCGAGAGAACAGUUCUCAGAACAAUGUAAUUAAGAGGAGUUCCUUCCUGGUUUUGUUACAUCAUAGAUAUUUCUGACCAGGAGACUAAAAGCAAAUCUUUUGAUUUAAGGGUCUAGAGAGGGUGUUACAGAUACUGCUAAAAGGAACUCACCAAAUUCAUAGCUGAGCACCAUUUCAGGAAGUGAGGAUAG